AUGUCUCCUGGUAUACCGAAAAAGGUGACUCUACGCCGAUCUUGUCAAGCCUGCAUCAAGAGCAAACGGCGGUGCGACCAGCACUGGCCCAAAUGCAGCCGAUAUCUGAGCCGAGGAUGUGAUUGUGAAUACGUGAAUGCUCCUUUGACUGGUACGAUUGGUAUUCGAAGAAGUUCAGAAAAGAAGGUCACGCAUAAUCGCCGAGCGGAAGACUUGUCUUAUCAGAUACGCGCUCCGUUGCGACUGGAGAUUGUGAAAGAAUACGACCAAGCUGCCAUCCGCUUCCUCGUCAACGGACUGCGAGAAUAUCCAAGAGCUUUUGUGAAAACACAGAAAACAGACUUUAUACAUCCGGAUAUUUACACAUCCGGUCUCCCGACUGCCAUCACAGAUACCCACCUGCUCUGCACUUUUUACUCCCAAUGUGGGCACCAGCGGGAUACCGGUGAUAUUCUCCAAUUACUUCGGAUCAAGUCAGACGAAAUUUACCGCCAUAUUUCUCACUCUUCCACAUUUACUGAACUCCUCGGUUGCUCACAAGCCUUGGUCCUGAUUCAAUGUAUCCUGGCUCUAAACCCGGACCCAUCAAGCCACUACUCUGAAAGCAUCGGUCAUAUGGAGAGUGUAGCCAAGAGAUUGUGGGAACAAGCACCUAUCCAAUUGCCUUCGACUCUUACCCGACGGCACGCAUGGCUUCUGGCAGAAAGUGUUCGGCGAACCAUUAUUGUGAGCUUGAUGCUCCGAAGUGCAUAUUCGCUGAACACAAGGAAUUACUCCGUUCGUACACCCUUUGUGGAUGCAUUGCCAUUCGAUGUCCGUACGGCUCUUUGGGAUGAUAGUCCUGAUCAUGUCUGGGAUGAGCUGGAUUCCCAGUCCUGUGAUUCGAUGAUCUCUCUACAUGAAUAUUCGGAUGCCAUGGAGAGAGGCAGUGUUCAUGAUAUUGGCAAUUUUGGUGCAUUGAUCUUGGCUGCCUGUAAAGGCAAGGAUGUUUCGGGAAUAUCAUAUCCUCCAACAGAACCCUACAUGGCAACAUGA